AUGAGCUUCGAGGGCGCUCGAGAGGCGUGUGACUGCACGUCCGACGGCAGCUGGGAGUCCGAGAUCACCUUCUCCUCGUACCUUGAGGAUGAGUGCAACGGCGCCGCUCAUGGCGCAGUCUCGGACGAGCCGUCCACGCGAAUUCACGACUAUCCCUACUUGAACCAGACGCGUGCCGCCAGUGAGCUGGGCAGUCUCUGUGGAGCUCCAGUUCGUGUUGUUGGACGCCGUCUAGCUGAUCUCAGUACUUCUUCGCCCGCGUCGAGCGGGGCACUUGACAAUUUUGAUGCGAAAUCGUACGAUGAUAUCCUCUCACCACUGACCGCAGGGAACGGACGGCGCGACCUGCUGCCGUUGCCCUGCGUCGAUCUGACGAUCGAGGAGUUGAGCAUGAACGGCGUCGUGUUCGGCGAAUCGAAGCCAGUCGAUCCCUCCUUCGAGGACGACCUGAACGGCUGGCUGAAGCUCACCGCCCUGAGCCUGAACUUCCAGUACGCGCUGGGGGGCAAGCACCCGGGUCUCAAGAUGGCCCCCUGGAAGGUGAGGCACGGGCCCGCCAGCGCGGUGCAGCUGAAGGCCCUGAGGUUGCUGGCCAGGAGUGUGGGCACGUUUUUGUGCCAGUACGAGGGCUCCGUGGCGAACCUCGACUGGACCCAGGAGCUGAAGUCGUCGGCAGUGAGCUACACGGGCAUGGAGGUGUACCCAGCCGAGCAGCUGGACCGCGAGCGCCUCUUGCUCGCCCUGCCGCCGAAGGAGGCUUGCGGCUCGGUGCUGGCGACCGAGGUGAGCGAAGGAUGGAUAAGGAGCGUGCUGGAGCACCCGGAGUGGGUGAUGAAGAGCCCCGCGGAGCUGGGCGAGAUGCCCAAGACCCCGCGCGUCUGGGCCGAGGACGACGAGUGGGAGCUCAUCGCGGCCGAGCUCGUGAACAGGGGCAUCCUCGUCCCGAUCGAGGCCGACGAGAUCGUGAAGGUCAAGGGCCGUCGCGUGCUGGGCGGCCUCUUUGGUGUACGAAAGUCGGGACACGCCAAAGGCUCGGGGCCGCAGCGGCUGGUGAUGAACAUCAUCCCGAGCAACUGGAUGCAGGAGACGGUCCAGGGGGACAUGGGUCUCCUCCCGACGACAGACAAGUGGAAGAGCAUCAUCUUGAGGAGCGGCGAGGUGAUGAUGAGCUCGUCGGAGGACCUCAAGUGCUGCUUCUACGUGUACCGGUUGCCCGCGGUGUGGCACAAGUACAUGGCGCUCUCCAAGAAGGUGAGCAGGUCCUGCAUCGGUCUCGACGGGACCGGCGAGGUGCACGUGGCCGCGGCCGUGAUCCCGAUGGGCUGGGUGUCGGCGACAGGCAUCAUCCAGCACAUCCACCGGCGGUUGCUUCGUGAGUGGCUGGAGGGAGUGCCUCCGCUGCCUGAGGAUCGUGAAUUGCGGCGUGACCUUCCUCUACCUCCACAUCGCGAGAGGGGCUCGGUGACGAAGAUGAUGCCGAGGAGCGAGGCCAUCGCGAACUACGAGAGUCACCUGCGCGACUCGCCCGAUCUGCUGGCCUGCUUGCCCGAGCUCUCGGGCUGUCGCCUCCUGUGCCACUGCAGGCGAGGGCAGCGCUGCCACGGGGACGUGCUGGUCAAGGUGUGGUCGGAGACGGUGCCGAAGGCGACGAGCGGAGUAGACGCGCUCAUGCCGGAGGGUGCUGGUACGGCUUGCUGGGUAGUGUGGCAGGUGUACAUCGACAACCUUGACGUGCUGGAGGUUACCGACGAGGUCUCCGCGGCGGCGCUGAAGGCACAGGGCCCCCCCGAGGUGGUGCAGCUGGCUUGCGAGAGGUACGCGCAGCGGGGCGUGCCCAGGAGCGAGGAUAAGGCAGUGUGCCGCGAGCCUGUCAGUCAGGCCUUGGGCGAGCUCGUUGACGGCACGAGGGGCGUGAUCAGCCCGCCCCUGGAGUUCGUGUACCGCCUGCUGGGCCUCACCUUCGCCACGCUAGAUCGGAGUGUGCUGACUCAGACUUGGCUGCAGGUGGUGGCGGGCCGCUGGGUGCGAGCGAUGAUGUUCAGGCGCGAGACGAUGUCCGUGUUCGACGACCUGUGGCGUGCCGUGGUGCGCUGGAGAGGCGAGCGCAGGUUGCCCGCUCCCGUUCAGAGGGAGCUGCUGCUGGCCGUGGGGCUCCUGCCGCUCAUGAGGUGCGACCUCAGGACGCCCGUGAGCGGGCUCGUCACCGUGUCCGACGCCAGCAUGCGCAAGGGGGCGGUGUGCCGGGCUGUGCGCCUGCUCCCACACGGCGUUGAGGCAGCCAAGGCUUCUCGCAGGCGCCAGGUGGGGCGGCUGCAGGACGAGGGCGCGCUGCUGUCGCUCUUCGACGGGAUCGGAGGUGGAAGGCGGGCCCUCGACAUGCUGGGGCUGAGCGUGGCCGUGUAUGCCGCGUCGGAGACGGACCCAGAGGCCUGCCGCGUGGUGAAGUACGCGUGGCCGGACGUGGUGGAGCUGGGCGACGUCACAAAGCUGAGCGCGCAGGACACCGCCAAGAUCCGGGACAGGGCCCCGCACGUGCGCUGGGUUCUCCUGUUUGCUGGAGCUCCCUGCGUGGACCUCACCAGGCUGAGCGUCGACAGGCAAGGGCUGUCAGGAGCGAGGUCGGGCCUCUUCUACGAGAUCAAGCGGGUGAAGUCGCUGGUGAAGGAGGUGUUCUCCGUGGAGGUCGAGGUCUUCGACUUGAUCGAGAAUGUGUCCUCCAUGACGGCCGAGGAUCGCGACACGAUGUCAGAGCACAUGGGGCUGACCCCCGUGAUGAUCGACGCCGCCGACAUCUCACGCGUUCGCCGAGAGAGGCUCUACUGGUGUGACACCGACCUCAUGACGCCGUGGCAGGGCGAAGUCAGUGUGAAGAGCGAGGUGGUGAAAGUGACGAUCCCUGGAGGUCCAGGCCCGCUGGGCCGCUGGCUGCGCCCUGGGCGAGAGUGGUCAGGAGCCGAGGUUCCUGAGCAGCGGCUGCCCACCUUCGCGAGGUGCAUCCCGCGCGGGCGUGCCGGCGACAAGCCGAAAGGCCUGCACCAGUGCAGCGAGGCCGAGCUGGAGCGUUGGCGGAGGCACGACUUCUGCUACGCGCCGUACCAGUUUCGAGAUCCUCACUGUCUUCGAUGGCAAGGAGGUGCGCUGGAGCCUGCCGACUCCUUUGAGAGAGAGAUGUUGAUGGACUUUCCACCUGGGCACACGGCGACAGCGCGGGCCACAAGAUUCCGCAAGCUGGCUGAGCUCGAGGUGGUACGAUGCGCCCUGCUGGGCAACUCGUUCCAGUGCGGCGUGGUGGCCUGGAUAGUGGCGCACUGGGCUCACCGACACGGCUACCUGGACACGGUCCCCACGAUAGCGGAGGCGCGCGCGGUCGGAGGCGCCUUCGACGCUGCCGAGGGCCUGGUGCAGGUGGCCAAGGAGGGCGACGACAGCGGGGUCGUGAUCAGGGACCGUGGCCUCGAAGAGGCCGAGGCGCAGGCGGACCCAAGCAUUCAGAUCGUGGAGGAGCUGAUCCGGCGAGCUGAGGUGGGGGGCUCGGACGUGCGCCUCGACACGCUGGAGGUCAUGCGCCCUGACUUGUGGCCACGCCGCCCGAUCAGCGUGAGCCGCUGGACGUGGAAGACAGUGCUGGUCUGGAAGUGGAGGUGGAAGAGCCACAUCACGGCGCUGGAGGUGCUGAGCACGCUGGCAGGCCUUCGCUGGCGCUUCAGAGUGGGCCAUCACCUUGGCACGAGGUUCGCUCAUCUGAUGGAUUCGCAGGUUGGACUUGGUGUGAUAUCGCGGGGGCGCUCUUCCUCGCAUCUGCUCAACGCAGCCGUCAAGAGGAUCUCAGCUCUGGUCCUGGCGGCGUCGGCAAGACCGAUUUACGGGUACACCGAGACGGACAAGAACCCAGCCGACGACCCUUCGCGGGAAGGCGGCCCGUCAGGUGACAGCAAUGCCGAGGAAGCGUCGCAUUGA